UCCCUCCCCUCCUCACGUACGAAAUCCACAAUCUGAGUUCCUCUGCUCCCCAAGCUGGUGAACAGAGCGACCAGUCUCCACAGCGCUCCCCAUGGCGUCAGGAGAAGCGGCGCCCGCGGCCGUUCAGGUGAGCAGCGGGACAAAAACCGUGGUGCUGAGGGUGUCCAUCCACUGCCAUGGCUGCAAGAAGAAGGUCAGGAAGGUGCUCAAGAGCGUCGAAGGCGUGCACAACGUGGCGGUGGACGGCGCGCAGCACAAGGUGACGGUGACGGGGACCGUGGACGCCGACACGCUCGUCAAGAGGCUCUACAAGUCCGGCAAGCAGGCCGUGCCGUGGCAGUGGCAUCCACCCGCCGCUGCGGCCAAGAAGCCCGAGGGAGCGCCGGCGCCGGAGGCCCUGCCUGCUCCGGAGACGAAGCCAUCCGGUGACGGCGGUAAGGAUGUUGCUGCUGCGGCGGCGGACAAGAAGCCGGAGGAGACGGUGAAGGAGCAGCAGGCCGAGAGCUCGGAGAAGAAGCCAGAAGCAGAGAAGGAAACAGAGUCAAAGGAGGAGGGGCCGAAAGAAGAGGCGAAGAAAGACGCCGGCGAGAGCAAGGCGGCGGAGCCGACUGUCAAGGGCGCCGAGCCGGUGAAGGAAGCCGUUGCCGCCAUCGCCAAGGAGGCUAGCAAUGACGAGGCCGACGACGCAAAGAAGAAGAAGAAGAACCGCACGCCCAAGGACGACGGCGAGGCGGAGCCCGUCGCCACGGCUGAAAGGUCCCUGUCCGCGCCGCCUGUGGCGGCGCCCAAGCACGCGUACGGGGAGUACAUCGACGUCUACGCGCCGCAGCCUGUGCUGAGCUACCACAUGGCGCAGCCGAGCGCGAGCUUGUCGCACUACGCGCCGCAGCCGCAGCCGGCGUACUCCGUGCAACAGCCACAGCCGCAGCCGGCGUACUCCAUGCAACAACCGCAGCCAAUGCAACAGUGGUCGCCGUCGUAUCUGUACAUGUCGUACCCGCACUCGGCACCGGAGUCCUACUACCACGGCUACUACAGCCCGUCCGGGACCCACUCGUCGCCGACGGAGCUGCAGGAUUCGUACCGCCUGUUCGACGACGAGAACCCCAACUCCUGCAGCGUCAUGUGAGGUGACCGGCGCCGGCCGCCGUGGCCGGAUUGGGCUCCGGGGAGUAGUAGUUGGGGAGGCGGAUUCGCAAUAGAGACCUCUGUGGCUGUAGGUAGAGUAGCCUGUUACUCUCUUCCACUGAGAGGUUAAAGCUCUCCGUUACCAGUCUUUUGUUUUUUAAUCACUUUUACUGUUCUAAUUAAGUUACUAGAGCAUGUAAUUGUAAUGAGAUACGCCUUUACCUGUAGUUAA